AUGGGAGCUCCUCCAAGUCCAAGUAACAGCAGCAAGAGUCUCGACAGACUCAAAUCCCUCGCAAUCCUCCCUCUUCUAAUUCUCGUAAUACGGAGAUUCGAUGUCGGGAAACUCGUACUCGGCAUACUCGCAUUAGGACUUGCGACAAUUGGUUCCACUGGUUGUGGAAUUCUAAUGGCUCCCUACAUAUUCGCCACUGGAAACAAGAGACAGUUUACUGCAUGGACUUGUAAAAUAUUCACAUGGUUUGCUCCGCUCUGUGGUGUCAAAGUCACUGUCGAAAACAAGCACAUACUCGAUAAUGCUACUUUGCCAUGUGUGAUUAUGCUGAAUCACCAGAGCAGCUUGGAUUUGUUGACUUUAUCCCACGUUAUGAGAGAAGGGAGUACUGUAUUGGGUAAAAAGGAUUUGUUCUAUGUUCCUGUGCUGGGACCGUGGAUGUGGUUAUCAGACCAGGUAUUCAUCGAUCGAAAAAAUCACGACUCGGCCAUGGUUACCAUGAACAAAGUCGCCGAUGUCUUGAUCAAGAAGAAGCAAUGCUUGUACAUAUUCCCAGAAGGAACUCGCUCCUCACAAGAAGCCAACGAGCUCUUGCCCUUCAAGAAGGGUGGAUUUCAUGUCGCCCUCGCUGGCCAAAUGCCCAUUAUACCAAUAGUCAUUUCAACAUACGGAGACAUUUAUUCGUUACGGAAGAAAGUCUGGAAGGGUGGUGAUAUCCGUAUAAGAGUAUUGGAUCCAAUCGAAACAAAGGGCUAUACCUCAAAAGACCUUAACGAAUUAAUGGACAAGACGCGUAAUGUCAUGCUAAGCACCUUGCACGAAAUAAGUCCGCCUCCAUUACCUGAUGCUAAAAAGUUACCGACUCCUCGCAAGAGGCGGGCUGAUGACGACGAUGCGGAUACGCAUCAUGUUACUACUAGUAAAGCUGUCGAACCUGAUGCUGAUACUGCUGCUGUUAGUAUGAGUCUGAGAGGGAAGAAUGACUCGUUGCCUAAACUAUAG